AAUAUGCCUGGGGAGGUACCUUAUACAAUUAUCUAAAGAAGUGGGGUCCUUUAUCGGAGAUGGCAGCACGAGCCCCAUUCAGGCAGCUGCUGUCGGCCGUCCAGUACUGUCACCAAAAACAUAUCGUCCACCGGGACAUAAAACCCGAAAACAUCCUGCUGGACAUCGGGUUUAAUAUAAAACUGGCUGACUUCGGACUGAGUGCUGUGUUCACGGAGGAAAAACUCAGCACCUUCUGUGGCACUCCCAACUAUAAGGCCCCAGAAUUGUUCCGGCUUGAACCAUACGAGGGCCCGAAGGUGGAUGUCUGGAGCAUGGGGGUCGUGCUCUACAAGAUGCUGACCGGAGUACGUCCGUUUGUGGGAGAAACCUUGGAACAACUCACGGAGCACAUCUUGAGUGGGGACUUUUCUAUUCUGUCUUUUCUAUCUAUACCGUGCCACACACUAUUAAAGACGAUGAUCGACAUCGACCCCGGCCGAAGACCGACCCUGGGAAUUCUUAUGCAAGAUGGCUGGGUGAAUAUCAGGGAAGCAGAGGAAAUGACCCCAUACAUAGAAACACCGUGGACUGACAUAGACCCCCAGGUCACUGACAUCAUGAGAACACUGGGGUAUGAGGUAUGA